GUUUUUCUGUUACUCCACCACACCGAAUCAGAAAAACAUCAUUAAUCAGUUCACCGAGUCGAAUCGCCGGCAACAAAGAAUGCAUAGCUCUUCUUCAAUUACAUUAAUAACCUUCAUAUUAUUAUUUUUGCAUAGCACGAGUAUCGAUGCAUUGUAUGGAUCAUCUUCACCCGUUCUUCAACUCACUCCCGACAAUUUUAAGUCUAAGGUUUUAAAUUCAAAUCGCGUAGUAUUAGUAGAGUUUUUUGCACCUUGGUGUGGUCAUUGUAAAGCUCUAACACCCAUUUGGGAAAAGGCUGCUACCAUCUUGAAAGGUGUUGCAACUGUUGCAGCUCUUGAUGCUGAUGCUCACAAGUCACUUGCUCAGGAGUAUGGGACCCGAGGAUAUCCAACAAUCAAGGUGUUUCUACCUGGAAAACCUCCAGUGGAUUACCAAGGUGCUAGGGAUGCUAGAGCGAUUGUUAACUUUGCAGCUAAACAGGUCAAGGUACUUCUGAAGGAGCGGUUAGAUGGAAAAGAAACUGGGAAGUCAAGCAAGAAAUCAAGUGAAAAAUCAGCUCCUACUGCAUCAGUGGAGUUGAAUUCCCUCAAUUUUGAUGACUUGGUGCUUAAAAGUAAAGAGCUUUGGGUUGUGGAGUUCUUUGCGCCUUGGUGUGGACACUGUAAGAAGCUUGCUCCAGAGUGGAAGAAGGCAUCAAUUAAUCUGAAGGGCAAGGUGAAGCUGGGCCAUGUUGAUUGUGAAGCUGAUAAGUCUCUCAUGAGCAGGUUCAACGUAGAAAGUUUCCCCACUAUCUUGGUAUUUGGUGCAGACAAAGAGAGACCUUCUAUAUAUGAUGGAGCAAGAUCUGCCUCUGCACUUGAGUCAUAUGCUCUUGAGCAGCUGGAAAUUAAUAUGCUACCUCCUGAAGUGACUGAGUUAACGAGCCAAGACGUAAUGGAAGAGAAGUGUGGUUCAGCUGCCAUUUGUUUUGUUGCCUUCCUCCCUGACAUAUUGGACUCCAAGGCUGAGGGAAGGAAUAAAUACCUAGAGCUGUUGUUAUCAGUCGCUGAGAAAUUCAAAAUGAAUCCUUACAGCUAUGUCUGGGCAGCAGCAGGGAAUCAACCAGAGCUUGAGAAGCAGGUAGGCGUGGGCGGUUAUGGAUAUCCAGCUUUGGUGGCUCUGAAUGUGAAAAAAGGAGCUUAUAAAUCACUACGAAGUGCUUUUGAGCGCGAUCAGAUUAUAGAAUUUAUCAGAAAUGCCGGACUAGGAGGAAAGGGUAAUCUGCAAAUUUCAGCAACACCUGAAAUUGUAAAGACUGAACCGUGGGAUGGAAAGGAUGGACAAAUCCUCGAGGAAGACGAGUUCUCUCUGGAAGAACUAAUGGUUGAAGAGGCCAAGGAUGAGUUGUAAACUCUGAAAACCACACCAAACAUUAGGGGAGUGGCUGCAGAUGAGAAUCUAUUGUGCUGGGCAGAGAUGCUGUGUGUCACGCGCAUUGGGGACUCAGUUUUCCACACUCUUGUCUUUUAGACUCGGUUUUAGUUACUUAAUGUUGACUUGGUUAAUUACCGGAG